AUGUACGGCACACAUCAAUCGCAGGCCACGGGCACCCGGCUGCCGCCAGUCGGCAGCGUGGUGCGACUGGGCGGCCUCUCCUCCGUGCAAGAGCUCAAUGGGGCCAUCGGGACAGUGCUGGGUCCCAUGAAGGACAACGGUCGCCUGCCCGUACGACUGCUCAGUCCGCCCGCAGCUGUGGCGGGCUGGCCCGGCGGAGUGUGGGCCUGGCCCAACAACCUGACUGAGCUGCCUCCAGGAACGGUAGCUGCUGUAUAUUUGCACGGCUCUGUUAUACUUCCGGCCUGCACCGACGUAUUUGCAUACCAGAGUAAUGGUACAGCGCAGGUCGUCAGGGGCCUGCGGACCGCGGCGGCAACCGGCAACCUGCCGGCAGGCUGGCAGCGGUGCGAGGUGGCGACGAUGUUGGGUCUGCCACUGGCGCUACUGGAGCUCACACCGUGGUCAGAACCAGUACCGGGGGGUCGCAGCAUAGCUGUGUACCUCCUGGUCGACCCGGUAUCAGCUAGUGUGUUCGUUUGGUUGUGGGUCCAAGGCUUGGGAUCGGUGCUGGUGGCGCGCACUGACGGCCUCCACUUCACCACGGAGGAGAUGGCGCAGCUAGACGACUAUAACAUGCACCUCAUGGACCUGUGGUCCGAGUUCACCGACGACGCAAGGCGCAAGGCGCUCACGAAGCAGGCGUUCCGGUCCUUCGUGCGUUCAGAAGCGGCUGAUGCUACGCUGAGAACCGAACGGCUAGCCGCGCUAGCUGCUUAUCGUGCAACUGGCGGCAGCGGCUGUGAGGACAGAGUCCUGUCCUCACAUUUUGUUUGGACCAAAGAUCAACGUGGGAUGAGGUAG